GGGCAGGUGCUCAUCUCGUGGGCGCCCGCUCUACGGGGCGACGACGACUCCAUGCGAGUCAUUGAUCAUCCCAUAGGAUGAUCUCCCCGCGGUAGAUGUAUAAAAUAAACGCCAAUAGCGACUCAACAAGUUUGUAGUUAGCACCCUCUACACUAGUUCUAAUAGCUAAAGGCAAACAAAGAUUGGUAUCGUGCUUCCGCUUGGGUGGAUCUCUUGCGAUUUCGGCUGCAACAAAACAACAACAUCUUUUUUUGUUUUCAUGUCGCGAAGUUACCUCAUAUUUAGUACAGUUCGAGAAUUCAGGACUUCACUUGAGACUUGUAUAUGUCCACCAUGUCUGCUUGUUAAUGUCAAUAUGCUCAUUCGCUAUCGCUUCAUCAUUCUCGCGCACAAUCAACCGAACGGAAGGCGGAAGCAAAUCGCCCCCGGGUAUUGAAGCGCAC